CAAAAUUCCGACUUUCCGAGCAUCUCAUAAUAAUUACAUAAUCUACUUGAAGCCUCGCGUGGUUUCUCCUCACUUUUGCCACCGCCCCCCUUUUUCUUUAAAUUCCACGAAAACUCGACUUCCAACAAAAACAGUGUCGUAACAUAAACACAAAAGAACAGUGAUUUUCCAACAUAGUAAUGGCCUUGGCUCGUUGGGUUGUGAAAAACUUGCAGCAAACGGCGUCGUACCCUACCCGAAGCAUUCCCGCGCUGCAACAGAGGAGCUGGGGUUUUCCUCAACUUCUGCGGCGGCUCUCCUCCGCGCCGGAGGAGGAGAAGUCAAGCUCAGCUGUGGAUGUGGCGGUGGCCGACGGCGGCAAAAAGUCAAAGCUCCUGCCAAGGCGGAGGAGCCGUAGGGGGAACCUUUGGAGGAGAAACAAUCGCGAUUUCGUUCCUGCACUCUGGGAGUUGUUCCCUCGUGGAUUGGUGGAAGCAACAGAGAACAUGGCGCGAGUGAUGGAGAAUUUGUCCCCGUGGCAGUUAAAAGAGCACGAGGAAAGCUACAGUCUCAAGUACAAAAUGCCGGGAUUAGGGAAGGAAGAUGUGAAGAUAAUGGUGGAGGAUGGAGGAGUUUUACACAUAAGAGGGGAGCACAAAGAGGAGGAAGAGAAGGAUGAUGAAGGGUGGUCGAGUAGCUAUGGGUAUUACGACACCAGCAUUGUUCUUCCGGAAGAUUCUAAAGUCGAAGAGAUCAAAGCUGAGAUGAAAGAUGGGGUGCUCUGUGUUGUUGUGCCUAAAAGAGAGAGGGUAAACAAGGAUGUUAGGGAAGUUCAAGUGCACUAGCAGAAGCAGCAGCUUAUUAAUCUCUUUUUUU